AUGCUCAAUCACAAGCGCAUGAUCGUCCCUGCCGAGCAUCCAUUUCUCAUGCCUCGUGCUCUGUUUGCCCCACGCGCCCCGAAGGCAGUCGCGGAAGACGGUCGGAGCGCUACCGGUGCCUGCGACGUCGGCGACUGUGUUGUCGCCGCUGAAGGUGCUGCCUCUCCCCCGUUGCACUGCUACGGUAAUCGACCAGUGCUGCUGCUCGACUGCACCGGUGCGCUGCGGCAGCGCCGUCUACGCCGUCAGCGUCGACAAGAGCUGCAGUCACGUGCCUUGCAGUUAGUCGCGGCACGCGCAGACCUCCUUCGGACAAAAAAUCUGUGGUCCAUGCGACGCACUCGGGCGCGCCGGCAGAACAAAGAGCUGAGCGUUCCAGUAUCCGGGGUGGGCGACCGUGGAGGUGACCCCGACAGGCACACUGGCGACUCCGCUCCUCGUGCUCCUUCCGGUGCAACGGAGGGUGGUGACUCCACGACCCACCUCCUGUCGGAGCUGUCGCGCCAACGCAAAGCCAUCACGCACGAAAUGAAAGAGACCCGUCGCGAGUUACUGGCGCUCUUACAGGAAAAACGCAAGCAGGCAGCCACGCGCGACGGCUGCGUGCUGAUGCUGCCCUCACCGGAGACGGGAGAAGUACAGCUGUUCCCGGGACAUCACUACCAUACCGUGUGCUUUGUAGGCGACGAGCUGCGUGAGGUACUCCCGAGCGAAGCGCGAGACACGGACGGGGCGACGGCGCACCAUUGGCAGCAUCGCACUCCGCCGCUGCGGGAGUUGGCAUUCAAGGGGUUUGCGCGCGAGCUCUCUCAGAACGAUGAAGGUGGCGCUGAAGGCGAGCACACGUCGGCUAAAGUGCCCGAGCGACCUCUUUGGGCCAUGGCGGAGCUGUUGGGCUACGUUCUUUACCUGCGUCAAUGCCGCAGAAACCCGCACUAUCGCUCCCAUCGCAGCGACACACUCGACGACGACACCAUCGAGUGUCAGGAAGGGCGGGAGGGGCGCGUUGACUUCGACAAGAUCGCGGCGACCAUCAGCUACGACAUGGUAGACCACUACCUCGCCCUUCCGGCGUGUGAGAUGGCGAUGUAUCGGGAAUGGGCCAUCGAUAAAUUCAAGCUGCUGCCGCCAUAG